UCUGUGUGAUGAAACAAAAAAUUAUUUAUUCUUAUAUAUGUAUAUUUCUUUGUUUAACACAACAACAUUUUCAACUAUGUUAACUUGAUUUAACAAAAUUGUGAAAGAUAUAUUACAUAUUUGUAUGCAUACAUAUACAUAAGAAGAAAGCUUAUUAAUCCGCACCAUAUUUAUAACCUUAAAAAAAUGUGUGGUUAGUUUAAACUCGUCAAAAUAUACAUGACAUGUUCUGAAAUGAGUUCUAAAGCGAUUGUGGAAGGUUUGGCCAAAAUAACCACACAAGGUAGUGUGUUCUACAACCCAGUUCAAGAAUUCAAUCGUGACUUAAGUCUUACAGUUAUCAGCACAUUUGCCAGAAAGUAUUUGCCUUGGAAAAACAGCAAUAAGAGAAAGGAAACCGAUAUAGUUGAAACAACAGAUGUAAAAAGGGAAUGUGGUAAAAAAUAUGAGGAUGGUCUGUAUUUACUUGAAGCUUUGUCAGCAACAGGUUUAAGGAGCAUAAGAUAUGCUAAAGAAAUACCUGGCAUAAAAGAAAUUGUUGCCAAUGAUAUUUCUAUCAAAGCUGUUGAAGAUAUUAAGAGAAAUGUUGAAGAAAAUGGUAUGCAAGAAUUAAUAACACCAUGUCAAAAUGAUGCAGUCAUGUUAAUGUAUGAGCACAAAAGAACUAACCAGUUUGAUGUAAUAGACUUAGAUCCAUAUGGUUGUCCAUCAAUAUUUUUGGAUUCAGCAGUACAAGCAAUAAGGGAUGGUGGAUUACUUUUGGUAACAGCCACUGACAUGGCAGUAUUAGCUGGUAAUUCCCCUGAAACCUGUUAUUCAAAAUAUGGUGCUCUAUCAUUAAAAUCAAAGUAUUGCCAUGAAAUGGCUCUCAGAUUACUGUUGCAAUGCAUUGAAUCACAUGCCAACAGAUAUGGCAGGUAUAUUGUACCUUUGUUGAGCAUUUCUGCUGAUUUUUACAUUAGGGUAUUUGUGCAAGUAUUUUCUGGAGCACACCAGUGCAAGUUCUCUACAAGUAAAUUAUCAUAUGUAUACAACUGCACUGGCUGUGAUAGUUUUGUCUUGCAACCUUUGGGCAUUGUGAAACCUAAUGAAAAGCAUCCGAUGCAAGUCAAAUUUUGUCUUCCAACCGGACCAAAAGUUGACAGAAAAUGCGAACAUUGCAACAGCUCAUUCCACGUUGGUGGUCCGAUUUGGUCUGCACCAAUACACGAACCGAAUUUCGUUCGCGAAACCCUCUCUAACACUGAACAAAGACUGGGCACAUACAAAAGGAUACAGGGAGUUUUGAGCAUGGUUUUGGAAGAAUUAAACGAUCGACCCUUGUACUACGUAUUGGAUAAACUUGCGAGCACCCUUCACGUUUCUACACCGCCGAUGAUCACCUUAAGAUCGGCAAUUUUGAAUGCCGGUUACAGAGUGUCGUACACGCACAUGCACAAAACGUCCGUGAAAACUGACGCGCCCCCCAGAGUUAUCUGGGACAUAAUGCGUUGCUGGACGAAACAAAACCCAGUUUCAGAGAAGCGAUUGGUGGAAAAUUCGCCAGCGAAGAAUAUCUUGGAUAAAGAGGUGGAGAAGGAAUAUAAUUUUUCAGUGCAUCCGGAGGCGAAUCCAGCUUCAAGAAAAAUGGGAUUUUUACGUUUUCAGGAGAAUCCUUUGCCGUUUUGGGGACCUGGAACGAGAUCUACUGCUAUGGUUGGGGAUGAAAAGAUGGCAAAAAGUAAGAAGAACCAAGGCAAACGAAAAAGGGACGAAUCACAAGAUAAUGACCAGAAUUGAUUUGCAUUUGAUGUGUUUUGUAUAGAAAAUAAAAAAAAUAUAAAAAGAA